GUCAAAGUUAGCUUCCAUUUUCCCAAACCAAAGCGAUACUGUCAUGGAUUCUUCUUCGCCCAAGGAGCAAUAUGUAACUGAGGUUACCGAUAAUUAUGAGACAACAUGCUGGGGUUGUGGACUGAGCGUUUUGAUUCCAUCAUGUGCAUCUGUCUUCAAAUGUGGCUGGUGUGGGGCCAUUACAGAUCAAAACACACAGAAACGUGACCAGAAGGGCUUCAGGUGGAGGGUACUGCGUGAUCGAUGCUUUGUUUCUGUUGUCAUCAUAUUUAUGCUCUUUGUAAUAUUUGGUGGGGUGUGGGCAAUCUAUCCUGUUCUCUUUUCUAUCAGUCUUCUUUUGGGAAGUUUUCACUCAAUCAUUACAGCAAUCUUGUCCAUAGCUACCAUUUCCUCUUUCAGCCUUGCAGCAUUCAGGUGUGCUGGCACACCACCAAAUAUAUUGUGGGGAAGCUACCCCACUGUAGGAAAAGGCGACCUUGAAAAUUAUACUUUCUGUCAUUACUGCUUGAAGCCAAAGUCACCUAGAGCUCAUCAUUGUCGUUCAUGCAGAAAAUGUAUAUUGGACAUGGAUCAUCACUGCCCAUUCAUUGGGAACUGUGUUGGUGCAGCUAAUCACCGCAACUUCAUUGCCUUCCUGAUUUCAGCAGUGUUGAGCACAAUCUAUGUCUCAAUCAUGUCUGCAUAUGCAGGCUUGCAUAUAUGGCCAACAUUGACAUACUCCAUUAAAGGCUUAAAUGGGAUUACUAGCGUUGAUCUUGCAUGGAGAGUUAUCAAUGAAAUUCUUAUUGCCUUCCUGAGAUCUGCUCUUCUUCUAUCCUCUAGGGGACUUGUUCUUGCUUAUCUAUUCAUUGCCAGUGUUUCAUUGCAGAUAGGAUUGAGCGUUCUUUUAUGGCAGCAACUCUCUUAUAUAUACCAGGGGAAAACUUAUUUGAGUCACUUAACUUCACAAGCUGGUAAUGAAGAAGAAAAGAAAGAUUGCCAAAAUCUUGUUAGAUUUUUUGGUUUUCAAUAUUCUGUAACAAGAUUUUUGCCAACCUUCCGUGUUACUCGGAAGAGACACGUAAAGUGAAAGUCAUGUUUUGUAGUUUUUUACUCACUUUUUGACAUUUUGUAUCAAAGUAUUUUUAUAUCGUUUCAAAUAGGUAGGCA